GUUGCUUCGUGUGAUUGGUUGGAGGGGGAGGGAGUUCGUCCUUCCGGUGCGCGGUGGAUUGUGGUUGUGGGUGUCCGCGUGAGGGAGUGCGCCCGGGUGUGAAGGGGAGACGGAGACUGUUAGAGGGUCGUUAAUGAUGUCCAAGUCUUCACCAGCAUCGAAAAUGUCAUCCCAAGAGGAAAUACUGAGCGAUGGGCGGUUUAGCUGUGUUACUAGGGAUCCCAGAUUUUGGGAGAUGCCUGAAAAAAAAUGUAAAAUCAAGAUUGACAAGCGGUUCCGAGCUAUGUUUCAUGACAAGAAGUUUAAGCUGAAAUAUACAGUGGAUAAAAGAGGUCGCCCUGUUAACUUCAAUUCCACAGAGAACCUCAGGAAAUUUUACGCCCUGUCAGAGUCUGACUCUGAUCAUUCAGAAGAUGAUAGUAAAGAACGUACUGAAAAGAAAAAAAAGGAAAAAAAAGCUAAACCUAAAGGAGAAGCAGAUUCUGCAAAACUACUUGCCCAUGGUGUCCCUAGGAAGGAGAGCAAAACCAGUAAACAAGGGGUGGACCAAACACAUGAAGCAGUGGCAAAACUAGGUGACCUGCAAAACGAAGGACAAAAAACUACAUCUAAAUCAAACUUGAAAGAGGACUCUAAGAAAACUGCAACAGAAAUUGAUUGCUCUCGGGGAAACCAGGGCCUCUUACCCAAAGGGGAAAGCAAGCAAAGAGAUGUGUCAGGAGGAAGAUCAAGUUCAGUUCAAAACAAGCAAAAGUCUUCACAACCAAGUGGUGCUAAGUCAGUUAAAGCUUCCAGGAGGGACCAUUCCCUAGGAGGAAAAAUAAAAGAAUCAGUGACUGUAUGUACAGACUGUCGUGAUCCACGUGACAUCAGUAAAAGCCAAUUAGAGGAAGAAAUUUCUGCAAGUGAUGAUUUUGAGUGUGCAGAAUCAGAAGAGGAGCCAGAAGUUGACAGGGAAACAAGCCAGGAUGAGAAGCCAGAAGAUGAUGGGGAAACAAGCAAAGAAGAUAGUGAUUCAGAAGAUGAAGUCAGUGAUAGUGGGCCUGAUCUAGCUAGAGGCAUAGGGAACAUUGAAACGAGCUCAGAUGAUGACGAGGAUUUAAAUGAAGUAUUUCCAAAGGAGCCAGAGAUAGAGCAUUCAUGGCGUGAGCUAGAUAAAGAUGCCCCUCGUGCAGAUGAGAUUACAAGUAGAUUGGCAGUUUGUAAUACGGACUGGGAUAGGUUGAAGGCUAAGGAUUUGCUGGCUCUAUUUAAUUCUUUCACACCCAAAGGAGGAACGAUAUUUUCUGUUAAGAUUUAUCCUUCAGAGUUUGGAAAAGAGAGAUUAAAAGAGGAAGAACAAAAAGGACCUGUAGAACUAUUUGACCUUCCAGAGAAUACCACAGAGAACGACGGGCUUUAUAGGGAAAAACUGCGGGAGUAUCAAUUCAAGCGACUGAAAUACUUCUAUGCAGUUGUAGAAUGUGAUUCUCCUGAAACAGCCAAUAAAAUUUAUGAGGAAUGCGAUGGACUAGAAUUUGAAAGUAGCUGUUCUUUUAUAGACCUGAGAUUUAUUCCAGAUAAUGUUACAUUUGACGAUAAGCCAGAAGACAUAGCCUCAGAAGUGAAUGUAGCUGUAUAUAAGCCAAAGUACUUCACAUCUGCUGCUAUGGGAACAUCAAAGGUAGAUAUCACAUGGGAUGAGACAGAUCACGAGCGAGUAACGUCACUUAGCAGAACUUUUAAAAAAGGGGAACUUCUUGACAUGGAUUUUCAAGCUUAUUUGGCUUCGUCUAGUGAAGAAGAGGAAGAAGAGCAACAAGUUAGUGAUGUAGCCCAUGAAAUGGAGGAUGACAAACCCAGGAAAAGCCAAAAAGAUGAUGAAGAACAAAUUGCCAAGUACAGAGAACUUUUGCAAAGUAUCCAAGAAAAAGAGAAAAAACAGGAAGAAAAAGAUAUAGGAAUGGAGAUUAAAUGGGUUCCAGGCCUCAAAGAAACUGCUGAAGAAAUGGUCAAAAACAGGUUGGAAGGAAAGGAUAGCCUAACCCCAUGGCAAAAGUAUCUAGAGAAGAAGAAAGAAAAAAGAAUUCUUAAAAAAAAGAGAAAGGCUACUGCCGAGAGAGAACUGAGUGAGGAUGAACUUCCAUCUGAUGUUGAUCUCAACGACCCAUAUUUUGCUGAAGAAUUUGAGAAAACAGAUUUAAAGAAGCAGCCAGAAUUGGUUGAAAGUACCUCAGAAGACGAGGUUGAAAAACAGAAGGCUGAAAUGGCCCUACUUAUGACAGAUGAUGAGGAUGAUGCCAGAAAACAUUUUAAUUAUAAAAAGAUAGUAGAACAACAGAAUUUGAGCAAGAAGAAAAAGAAACUUUUAAUGAAAAAGAAGGAAUUACUGGAAGAUGACUUCCAGGUAAAUGUUGCCGACAGAAGAUUCCAAGCCAUGUUUACUUCUCCCUUGUUUAAUUUGGAUCCUUCAGAUCCAAAUUUCAAGAAGACAAAAGCAGUAGAAAAGAUCUUGGAAGAGAAAGCUCGCCGAAGAGAACAAAAGGAGCAAGAGCUUACAGAGGCAAGCAAGGGACAGGAGAGCAAGGCAGCAAAGAAAAGAGAUGUUCCUAAGAAAGCCAUAGAUCCUGCCUUGUCAAUGCUAAUAAAAUCUGUCAAAAGUAAAACCGAAGAGUUUCAGGCAAGGAAGAAGCAGAAGAUGAAAUAACCGAACUUUUACUCAGACUUUACUUUAGUCCCAGUUCUCCUAACAUGGUGACAUCUAUUAAAGUUACUACAGCUUGCUCUGAUUCCUAUCCACCUAAAAGUCACUUAAUUAUAAUGGUGAGUUUUGAAGCAACUAGACUUAUAAUCACUCUUUCCUUCUGUAACAAAAAAAAUACUGUUUUGUCCUAUUAUUGAAGAACUACACCUUGAAAACAUGUAAGGAAUCAGUGGUUUUGGGGCCGUUUGAUUUGUAUCAUGCCAGCUGUUACAGAUAAUAGAAGUGGUAAAGAUGGCUACAAAAAGUAGUUGCAAUUAUGAUUGUAUUUAUAAAUAAGAAAAACACUUCUGCAGAGGUUUAGAGCUGAGACUAAGCAGCCUUAAUGUCUUCAGUUCCACGGAAGUCUGUAAAACCUAUCUCUGUUGCUAAAGAAGGGAGCAAUAUAACUAAAAAUUGAGAUUUUGCGUACAGGUGUUUUGUAUAUUUUUAUAAGAGUUCAUGUAUGCUUCAUUAAUUUCUCCAAAUACUUGAAGACUUCCUGGAUAAUUUUUAGAUCUAACAAAAAAUUUGCCAUUUAGAAGUGUUUCAUUAAUAUAUACUGGAAACAAAUGGUUUAAAUUGGCCCAAAGGAGUUUUGGGCACUUUGCUGCAUUUUGUUUUUCUGUGCCUCAGUGAAAUUAUGUUAAAAUGAAACUUUCUCCUAUUACUAUUGUGUUCCCAUUAGUACAGUUCCACUUACACAAAGUCUUCCGGCAUUGCAAAUUUUUUUUUUAAAAAGAUAUUAUUAGAAACCCUGUUGGUUGGCCAUGUUAGCAUUAGUGUCAGUGAUGAUGGUACCAACAGUGGAGGGAAAAUACAGUGGGUAGAAAAUGAUACUUCUUCCCUGCAGCAUGGGAACUGAUUUGUCGAAGUUCUGUUUUGUUUUGGGUUGUUUGGGUUUUUUAGGGUUUGGUUUCUGGUUUGUUGCUUGGUUGGUUGGGUUUUUUUUGAAGUGUUUGCUGUAUUAGCUGUAAUGGAAAUACAUUAUAUCAAAAAAGAACGAAAAUGUUAGGAACAAGAACUGAAAGGCGAUUUGUAAUUGUAAAGAAGUAUUGUUCAUUUCUAAGCAGUUAGAAACUAGAUAACCGAACUAGUGUUUAUAGGAAAGAAAUAUAUGUGACUACGUGAAGGAGAUGACCGAGUGAGAUUUAGCUCAUGAGAGGCUGUUCAAGUAGCUAACACAAAAAGCUGAGAUAUCACAGUGUCUUUCAUACAUAACUUUGUUCCAGCUGCUGGGCAUUUUAGCCUUUUAAGCAAUAUGGCACGAUCCAUCAAACCCAUUUCACAGUUAGAACUGACCAGCUGCGAUGGCGAACAAGGAAAACUUAUCCCACAGGAAGUGGCAGGAAGCUUCUGAACAUGGGUGUACAGUGGGGAACAACACAGUGAUAUUCAGCAACAUACAAACUCACAAAGAAAGAGAGGAAAGAACGAUGCUUUGGGAAACAGCAUUUCCACCAGGGGAAGUGUGCCUGCAUCAAACAGGAGAGACGAUGGUAGCUACGUAAGAAAAUGUUAAGCAUCAUACAAAAGCGAUGCAAGUGUACAUAUAUGCUUCUGAUAGGGAUGGUGGGUAAGGUGACGAGCUUCUCCCAUAAUGAAAGGUCAUAAAUUCUAUAAUAAAAUUUGCAGCAUAGAAAAUGUAGUUGUCUUUAACGCUGUUUCUGAAGACUGGCACAUACAAUACAAUUUCCAGGCACACAGCAGUGACGCCAAUCUGAAAGGGUAAAAUUUAGGCAUACCAUGUACUGGUACAGAUUUUUCUUAAGUGUGGUUCAUUGUAUGGGUUACAUAUUGUAGGCAUAUGAAAUGCAGUAGGGGCAGUAGCUGGAAUUGAAUGAGAUUUAGAGAUUGGCUAUGCUAGAGUAACCGGUGAUGGAAGGGCAAGUGUUUGUGUGUAAAGCAUGUGGAAAAUUGGACAACUGAGAACAAAAGCAAAAUGAACAGAAACAGAAGUCAAACGAAGGCUCCACCAAACCCAACAGCUGGUUUCUAACAUGGACCGGUAACGGGCGAUACUAAACGCGCACUUAAAAUAUUACACCUUCUCAAUAGGGAAGCUGUAAGUUCAAAAUUGUUUUAACUGCUUCUGUCAAAAAUACAGCUUGGGUAGAACUAAUUGUUGUAGGUACUUACUUUGUAACAGCACCCUUUUAUAGCUGUAGGGACAAGCGUGUUUUGUUCUGCGUUGGUGCGCUUACAAAUUCUGUUUUAAUUUCGGGUCCACAGACAGAUAGUCUCCCAUGACUUCACUAAAUAAUUUGUAUGGGAAAGCAAAUCUGCUGGGGGAUAAAGGUAAGAAACCACUGUCCCUUGAAUCCUCUGACCCUGCCCAUUUCUACAAAAUACGUUUUGACACAUUUGACAUGCAUACCCUUACAAAGGAGUGCUCCUUGUUUGGGCACUAGCAGUAGGUAUCACCUGCUGUAUUUGACUUCCUGGCAGUAGUUGAGUAGAGUCACUUAAAUUAGAAGUGCUUUGCUUUUUGGCUCAGUGCUUUUAUAACCUUACUGGAAGACAAUGUGUGGCAUCAGUGAAUCUCUGCUCAUCCGGGACGCCCAGAUAUGCUGAAUGACUCACUGGUACAAAGCUCUCCAACAGAACUUCUGUACUUCUGCAGUGCACCUAUCCUUUACAGUAACUUUGCUGGAGAGCUAAUCUGAAAAAAACAAAGUUUUAAAAACAAAAAAAAAUCCCCAAACAGCGAUGACUUCUUAAUGAAAUUAGAUGGUGUAAGUUAUGUUGUGCCUUUUCUUCACGUGUACCGGCUACCUUCUUCAGUGGCAGCAUCUGAGUGUACUCGGACAUGUCCACUCAAGAAACCCAGCCUGUACUUGGAAGUCACAGCAAGGCAAAAUGCAUAAAACCAAAAGGGCAGACUUUCACAUAGGCUUUAACUACUGGUUAAAAACGUAUUUUCCUGUGUGGUGAUGUGUACUUGAUCUAGUGUCAAUGCUUAACAUAUGAUAAUUCUAUCUAGUUGGACAUUAAGAAUUUUUUCUGUUGUUCACGAGUUGCUGAGUCCUGAGGGGGCAUCUUGGUUGGGAAGAACUGUAAGAUCUGUUCCAGUACGCAUCUUAGAUGGGAGUUUUGGGUCUGUUUAUAAAACCUUCAGGUGUAAAUCCACUUUUUUUUUUUUACCUCUUUCUUAAAAAUCAAGUUAGUAACUACUAAGUGUUACUGGCUCAAAGCCCAUCAUCUAAUCCCCAGAUUUCCAAAAUAAUGCCAAAAAAAAUCUGGGGUUAUUUUUUUCUGUGUUUGGCAGAAGUGUAUCUCAGAAGUCUGGUAAGAAGUGGUCAUGGCUCAUCUAGAAUUCUUUGCAAUUCAUUACCCAUGGUGUAAACAAAACAAAGCGUGUUUUUGAGUAUCUCAUCCUCUUAAACAUGAAAAUAAGAUCCAGAACUUUUAACCUCUGAACUUUGAAAUGUGGUUUAUUUUUCCCUUUCACUAGGUGUCAUGUAACCAGCAGAAGUGACAACAAUUAAUUAAAUAGCACAUUAAAGAACAGGACUGUUAGAA